GAAAGGUCCCAGUUUUGGUGGGAAAUCCAGGAGUGACAAGAACCAGAGGAGAAGGGAGUUUGAUCUUUUGGGUGCUUGGAGGAGUCGAAGAUCUGUGGAUCAACCUGCUGGUGAGUUAUAAAAGAAGAAGCUGGGCUUGUUCUUGAGAGGAAUUCCAGUGAUUUUCCUAAAAUAACUCCGACCUUCAAGCCAAGUGCUGCAGGGAAAAAUUGGAUUUUAAGGUGGGCACAAAGGGUGAGUUUUUAUCCAGCCUUUCCACGUGUUUAUAGACUGAACAAGGCUCCUCUCAGCCCCCAGUCCAGGCUCUGCCUCCAGCUGGAAAAACCUGCUCAGUGGGAGCAGCUUCCAAAACCCCUGGCCCUGCUGUGUCUUUCCUGAAGGGAGAAGUAGCCCAGGGCCAGUUUUUCCAGGAGUUUUUAAGGCACCUGCUGGUUCAGACAUUUUGUCACUCCCAGGAUCCCCCUGGGACUCAGUCCCAAGCCCUGGGAUCCCCGUGGGACUCAAUCCCAAGCCCUGGGAUCCCCCUGGGGUGGCUUCUGCCUGAGGCUGAGCACAGGGAGCCCCUCCCCAGCAGCCUCAGCAGGGGGUGUUGAGUCCUUUGGUGCCCUCCCCUGGGCCUCAGACCAGACUUCUUCUGCCUCCUACAUUUCUCCUCCAAACUUCUCCCCCAAAACUUCUCCCUCCCCAAAAACUUUUCCUCCCCCCCCCAGACUUCCUUGUCUUCAUCCAGACUUCUCCCAAUCUUACUUCUUCCAGGCUCUCUCUCCUCUUCCAGGCUUCUCCUCCUUCCAAGCUGCUGCUGCUUCUUCCAAACUUCUUCCAAACUUCUCCCAAACUGCUCCCAGACUCCUCUGAGAGUCUCUAAUGGUCCCUCUGCUGCUCUUGGCUCAGCUCAGAUUGACUUCAGGGAUUUCUCCCCAAGGGCCAAGGAAGUAAAUAAACCCUGGAGCUGUGUCCCCACCCCCUGAGGCCAUGGGGACAUCCUUGUUGUCCCCUCUGCUCAAAAGGCCAGAGUCACCACGUUGGGUCUCAUUUCUGAGGGUCCCAUCUGUGAAGUGUCACCUCCUUCUUCCUGUGGCAUCAGAAGGACUGGAAACAUGGAGGAAAACGGAUCCUGCUUCUGUCUGCCUUAGGACCAGGGGCUCAAGUCCCAGGAAGCAAGAAAAGCCCAUUAGUGAGAUGGACCCGAACUCCUCUUCCAUGCCUGAAUUCCUAGGUGGUAUCUCCAGGCUUUCUCUGCUAUCUGUCACCAGAUGGUGACAGAUCUUCUUGUGAGAAGACCCCAGAAACCAUUUGAAAAGCUGCUCUUCUGCCCUCAACACAGAUAAACCAAGACAAGAGCAGGACUUUGUGACACACCCGGAGCCUGGGAGUGUUGCCCAGGGCUCAGACCAUGAGGAGACCUUCAAGAAUCCUUGAGGAAGAGUAAAAUGAUGCUGCAGAGCCUGGAGCAACUUUCUGCCCGUGCUGAGAGAUGAUUCCUCAGCUGCAGGAGAAUUUUAAGUAAGGAUCUGGUUUUGGAGCAGAAAAAGGACAGUGAUAAACCUCAGCUGUGAGGUGGGCACCAUGGAAACCAAGGAUGAUGAUGAAAUGUCGGGUUCAGCCAGGCCUGCUCGGCUCCUUCCCUGCUCCAGAGGAGUGUGCUCUGUUCUGAAAAAACACGUCGGGUAGAGUGAAUGUCUUAGUCUGACAGCUGGGAAGAGCCACAUGGAAGUGGAGAAAAAGGGCUGCUGGGAUGGCCCCAGGUGACAUGGCCCCAGGCAACCACACCGUGGUGACCCGCUUCGUCCUCCUUGGCCUGACCAGCGAGCCCAAGCUGCAGACCCCUCUCUUUGUCAUCUUCUUCAUGGUUUAUCUCCUCACCCUGAUGGGCAACCUCAGCCUGAUCACGCUGAUCAGGACAACCCCCCGCCUACACACCGCCAUGUACUUCUUCCUCUGCAACCUGUCCCUUGUAGAUCUCUGCUACUCCUCUGUCUUCUCUCCGAAGCUGCUUGUUGACUUCUGGGUGGCAGAGAAAACCAUCUCCAGCUCGGCCUGCUUUGCCCAGCACUUCCUUUUCCUGGCGUUGGCCACCACCGAGUGCUUCCUGCUGGCUGCCAUGGCCUACGACCGCUACGUGGCCAUCUGCAAACCCCUGCUCUACUCCCUGGCCAUGCCCAGGAGGCUCUGUCUGCAGCUGGUGGCUGGGUCGUACCUGGGAGGGCUUCUCAACUCCCUCAUCCAAACCUGCUGCUUGCUGCCCUUGCCUUUUUGUGGACCCAACGUCAUCAACCAUUACUUCUGUGACACAAACCCUCUGCUGAAACUCUCCUGCUCCAACAGCAGCUUCAAUCAGCUCCUGCUUGUGGCCCUCAACGGGACCAUCUCCAUGGCCGUGCUCUUCAUCGUCGUCACCUCCUACGUCUGCAUCCUCUUCUCCGUCCUGAGGAUCAGGACCCCAGCAGGAAGGCACAAAGCCUUCUCCACCUGUGCCUCCCACCUCCUGACCGUGACCCUGUUCUACGCGCCCGCCUGCCUGAGCCACAUCCAACCAGCCUCGAGGUACUCCCUGGAGGUGGAGAAAGUCACCGCCAUCUUCUACACCCUGGUGGUCCCCAUGCUCAACCCUCUCAUCUACAGCUUGAGGAACAAGGAGGUCAAGGAGGCUCUUAGGAAAAGCACAGCAAAGAACCUUAAUGUGAGCUGACUGCUGGCCAAAAGGACCCCAAGCCAAUGAGGAAACUCCUUUUUAAACAGUCCCGGGUCAACUGGAGGGGAGAGGGACCAAAGACAUCUACAGAGGCAGGAACAGCAAAUUCCAUCCUUGCUUUAGAACCUGGGGAGACUCAACAUUCCCACCCAUCCUGGUGUCACGGAGAAGCUUUUCCUCCUCAUCUUUGAGGUGUAUUUUCCCCGUGAAUUGAUGUCAUCUCAGAGCAGGCGAUAAAAAGAAGCUCAUGAGGAAAUUCCCUCUUCAGCUUAGCUGGAGAAUUUGCACUGAUCCCAGCAGUGGUUCAUCCAGAGGGGAGUUCCAGGAGGAAUUGAGGCUUUGGGGGAGGUAGAGCAAAAAAGCAACACCACCUCACCUUGGGCUAACUACAAGGGAAAAUAUCAUCUCCUUUGCUUCCAAGGGGAUGUGCCAGGGAAAGGAGGGAAAGGGAGGAAAGAGGUGGCAGGGUUGAGGGCAAGGAGCUGUGGUGAAGAUGCUGAAUCCUCAAGUGACCAGAACAUCAUGGCCUGGAGGUUGUGGAGCCGUGUCUGUGCUGACCACCCUCAGCUGCAGCCUCCCCCAUGGAUUGAUCCCACCCAACCCCUUGGUUCCUCCAGCUGCCAGAUGUCUAACUCAGCCCAAAAACCUUGUUUUUCCAGGAGAGAAAUGGGCUUCAUUGGAUCUGCACCUCCCACCUGCUUCUGGAGGAGAAACACCAGCACCUGGGAGAGGAAUUUCUCCUUCUUGACAAGAUGAACGUGACUGAAUGUGACUACAUCUGGAGAAGCGGGGUGGUUUGGUUUUUUUUCCUCCUUGUUUUCUUGUUCUGGGUGGUUGUAAAUAAUGAUUCCUUCCAGCUGACUCUUCCCCAAGGGAUCCUGCAGGAUCUCAAGCUCUCCAAAGCAAAGACAACAGAGUGCAACCUGUUAGAGACCUCCAGAGAGAAGAGCUGGGAUGCCAGGUCUCCACAGAGAGAAGAGAGGGGUGGUCUGUCCCUUGAUGUCACUUGGCUGCACCUGAGCUGGUCCUGACAUGGGGGUGUCCCUUUUUCAGAGCUAAAAUAGCAGGUGACUCCUCCCAGCACGAUUUCUUCCAGCUGCCCUCAGAAGCCAUGACCCAAGCCCACCCACUGUCCUGUGAUACCAGUAAUCCCAACUUGGUUUUUAGCUUGGAAUUCAGAGUCUACCUUGUGGUCAUUGGGAGUCAAAUAAACCCCACCUGGAGCUGAGCAGGGGGCAUUUUCUUGAGAGAGAGAAAAAAGGGUGGGGGGGUCUUUGUAGCACCUUUCAUAAGAGCUUCCUCUGACCUCAGCUUGGACACAAGAGGGUCUUGUCUCAACUCAAGAGUUGUUCA